AUGAAAAGUAGUCAUGAAGGCGAGACAAGCUUCUGGAGCUGUGGAAGUGGCGAAGAAUCUCCAGAUCUACUAGUGGCUCAGAACUUAUCCUUCUCUGUGCCUACUGAUCCUGACUGCGUAAUCAUUAAAGAUCUCAGUCUUCGACUUCCUAAGAACAAAACUCUUCUCAUAACUGGUAGCAGUGGUGUUGGAAAGACCUCUUUGCUGAGAGUUCUGAAAAAAUUAUGGGAACCACGCUCUGGCACAGUCAUCAGAAAUUUCACUUGCACGACUGCUAUGUUCCUACCUCAACGACCAUAUUUUCCUACAGGGUCACUGUCAAUACGACAACAAAUUGUGUUCCCUCGAUUAGAAUGUGAUAUGCCAUGCCUUGAUCUGGAAAGCGACAGAAUUCUGAAAAUUUUGCACUCGUUAAAAUUGCAUACGCUCGUUUCAAUGUGCGGUGGCUUGACUGAACCUGCCACUUUUGAAUGGCAAGAUACACUUUCUCCUGGUGAGCAGCAACGACUGUCCAUUGCGAGAGUUUUGUUUCAUCGACCGCAGUUCGUGUUUUUGGACGAAGCGACGAGCAGUCUUCCCUUUGAUGCACAGGCUACGGUGUACGGAUUGUUACAGGAGGUGUAA